CAGCAAAGUUUCUGUUGUGAAAUCGUCAGGCUCUCUGUCUCGCUGCAGCAAGAAUGGCUUCAAACUUGUGGUCAGAGGAUCAGUUCAGCUGUCCAGUGUGUCUGGAGCUAUUGAAGGACCCAGUCACUAUUCCAUGUGGACACAGUUACUGUAUGGGGUGUAUUAAGAACUGCUGGGAUCAGACUGAUCAUACAGGUGUCUACAGCUGCCCCCAGUGCAGAAAGACUUUUAUCCCAAGGCCUGAUCUGGGCAGAAACACCAUGCUGGCCGAAGUUGUGGAGGAAUUAAAGAAGACAGGACUCAAUCCUCCUCCUGCUCAAAGUUAUGCUGGACCUGGAGAUGUGCCGUGUGAUUUCUGCACUGGGAGAAAGUUCAAAGCUGUGAAAUCCUGUUUGACGUGCCUGGCCUCUUACUGUGAAACACACGUCAAGCCACACUAUGAGGGGGCUGCUUUCAAGAGGCACAAGCUGGUCAAUGCAUUUGGAAAUCUGGAGCAGAAGCUUUGUGCUGAACACCAACGAUUAUGUGAGGUCUUCUGUAGAACCGAUCAGACGUGUAUUUGCUUGUUGUGUACACAAGAUAAACACAAGAGCCACGAUACAGUCUCAGCUGAGAAAGAAAGGACUAAGAAACAGGUAAGGGUUUGAACCAUUUCCUUGUAGCUAUCCUAGAAGAUAAGAAUUCCCAGGGAUAUUUAACAUGUCUGUUUACUAGGUUAUACAGUUUCACAUUAGAUCAGAUUUGAAUUGUAUAUUAAGAGCUAUUUAAAGAGCCCUAGUUUUUUAAUUGCUCUCUCUAAACUAUGAUGUAUUACAAUGUAUUUCAGGGUGUAACAGGGGCGUUGUUCCUGGCGUGGCUAUCGUUGAUUGACAGGAGAGACACAGGAGGUUUUUUUUGAUAUAGUGAGCUUCACCCAGUGCUGCCUCUAUGAAGCAGGGCCUCUUUAAUAUAUUGGAACAAUGAUUGCAGCACAGGGAUAAUAAUAUCUUCUUAAUAAACUAAUACAGCACCUUUUAAACAAGACUUUAAUAAUUGUGUUGUGAUACAUAGUAAACAAAACCCAUGCCUUUAAAAGUGACACAUGCGCAUCUAUCUGCACUGGCAGAGCUGCUGUGCCCGUGCCAUGCUGUUCUUGCCAGUCUGCCCACAGUGAGAGGGGUGUUUUUGGGAGGCUUGCUUGUACAUUUAAAAUGUUUGAUCUUUCAAUCUAUAACCACCAUCUAGCUGAGAAGAAUUGUUUUUAUUGGUAAAGAGUUCAUCUUUUUGUAGACAUGUUAUAUAUUUUUAUAAUUAUGAAGGCUCAAAGUCAGUAGAGAGCGUAACUCAAAUCCAAGAUGACCGCUGGGCAGAAACAGUAGCUGAAUCUGGUUUGUUAAAACACAUUCUUACAUGAUUAAAACAGACAUGUUUAAGUUAGUUAAAAACAAAAUCUAUUUAGGAUUUUGUGCGUUGAAAUCUACAGUUGAGUUUGUCUGCUCUACUAGUCCAUUCUUUCCUUUGCUCUCUUCCACAGUGAAGUCCUUCUGGUCACGGGCGCAUUCUUCUGGGCUUUCUGUGUGUUUAGGCAUUUUUUUACAUUUCCUCACAAUUUGCAAUUCUGUUUUAAAUUCCACGAGUGUGUGACUCCUCCCUAUUGAACUGUAAUAUAGCUUUAAAUCCUGCGAGCAAGAACAAACCUCUGUUUCU